AUGGUGUUCCUGGGUAGAACACUGCAUGCAGUAAGUAAUAUAAAACGCCCUCGUAAAUAUCUACUCAGUAAAUUUAUUGAUACUGUAAGACUUCAUGUAAAAGGUGGUACGGGAGGUACUGGACUUCCAAAUUAUGGCGGUCUUGGUGGGCAAGGAGGAUGCGUAUAUUGUGUUGGAAAAGAAAAGGCAGGUCUAAGGUCCAUUAUGAAUAAAUAUCGUGCUAAAACAAUAACAGCUGGACAUGGCGAAGAUAGUCGAAAAACUAAAAUAGUUGGUAAUCCAGGUCAAGACAUAAAACUUGAAGUUCCUCUUGGCGUAACUAUUUACAGAGAAGAUGGUGAAGUUUUAGGAUCUGUUGAUAAAGAAGAUCAGGUACUGAUUGUUGCCCGUGGAGGCCCAGGAGGCAAUAAACAAAACAAUUUUCUUGGACAUUAUGGUCAGGUUCACCAUAUACGAUUAGAUUUAAAACUUAUUGCAGAUAUUGGUCUAGUGGGUUUCCCUAAUGCAGGAAAAAGCUCGUUAUUAAAGGCUGUAUCCAGAGCAAAACCAAGAAUUGCAAGUUAUCCAUUUACUACCAUUAAACCAAACAAAGGAACAAUUGAAUAUGAUGAUCUAAGGCAAAUAACUAUUGCCGAUUUACCUGGACUUAUUGAGGGAGCACAUAUGAAUAUUGGCUUAGGUCAUAAAUUUCUGAAGCAUGUAGAAAGAACAAAAUUACUCCUUUUUAUAGCUGAUGUCCAGGGUUUUAGGCUUAGCCCAAAAUAUCCAAUGAGAACAUGUUUAGAAACAAUCAUGUUGCUUAAUAAAGAAUUAGAGCUUUAUGAUGCUGAGUUACUAGAUAAACCUGCUAUAUUAGCUAUAAAUAAAAUAGAUAUAGAAGGCACACAAGAAACAUUUGAAGAAAUAAAAAAAUCACUCGCUAACAUUAAAGAAGUAAUCAAAACAAUACCUGAAGAAAUAAGACCAGAUAGGAUUAUUGAAUUUCAAGAUAUUUUUGGUAUAUCUGCUCUGACAGGAAAUAGCAUAGAUAAAUUAAAGCUUGCAUUAAGAGAAAGAUUAGAUGAAUUUGCAGAAGAAAAUAACCCAGACAUCACAGAUCCGAGUGAACUUUUAAGAAAAAAUAGAGCCAUUAUUAGGGAAAAGGGAUCCAAAAUAACU